GUUGAGAUAAAUGUAACUCAAAGAGCAGUAAGUCAUCCUAAAAAUAAAAAGCCACCACAAUACAACAAAAAGCCGGUCGGGGGGUUCCAACCCCCCGCCGGCUGCCUCCCACCUCGGCUAGCUUGCCACUGGGCCAUUGGCCCGUCCGCAUUACCGUUCAACCUUUUGUGCUCGUGCAAAUCUGUGGUUACCAAACUACCAAUUCACGUUUUAAAUCGUGUUUGAAAAAGGUCAUGUACUUUGCGUCUUUUUUAAAAAAGGUCAUGUACGACGAGUCACCACGCAAGCGCGGUGAGCAAAUGCGCCGAAGGCUGUCAGCAAGCAGUGCCUUACUCCAGAAUAACUCAAUAGUCCAGGGUCCUAAAUCGAAAACCUCUGACCCAGGAUUCCUAGGCCUCCCGAGUCCCACCCUCGAAAUUUUUCCACCUCCCUCGUCCUCCAUUCGAUUCUUCCGACUCCGCCGCUUCUCCUCGCUUGCUCCGCCGCCUUCCAUGGCGACCGCCGCCGCCACCACCACUUCCUCAUCCGCCUCCACCACCUCCCAGAACCCCAACCCCUUCAACCUCAACAUCAACUUGCCCCCAUGGCUGCGCGGGCUGCGCUGCCCCUUCACCUUCCUCUGCCCGCCCCCGCCUCCGCCUCCUCCGCCCCCACCGCCUCCUCCGCCGCCGCCGGAGCCUGCGGAUGCGCGGUCCCGGAGGCUGCCGAGCCUGCGGGUGACCACGGAGUACGACAGCGAGGAGGGCGUGUUCGCGAACAAGGUCUCGUGCAAGCUCGCGGGGGGCCUCGCCAAGCUGCGGCUCUCCUUCCAGAGCGACCCGCAGGGGCAGUGGCAGGGGGGCUUGGAGGAAGAGGACCCGCUGCAGCAGCUCUUCGCCAGGCCGCUGCUGGCGUUCAUCACCAAGCACUUCUCCGUGCUCUACGACGUCGAGGAACGCAACGCGCUGCUCAGCGGCGACGCCUCGCUCCCCGGCGGCGCAGUCCGGCUCCGUGCCUCGCACGAUGUCAAGCUGCAACAAGGGGAAAUUUCGGUUAUCACUAGGUUGGGUGACCCAUUGUAUAAACUCGAGCUAUCAUCUUUGGUGCCUUAUAGUGGUCUGCCGAGGGCAACAUUCCAUUUUCCUAUUGGUCAAGUUUCAGUGGAAGAGACUAUGAAUGAAGAGGAGGAGAAACUGUUGUCUGUAGAUGGGAUUGCGAAAUCUGAUUUCUUGGACGGUGUUCUUACUGCCCACUACGAUAAAAAUAAUCUUAAUCUAAGAUACUGUUAUAAGGACAAUGAAUUGACUUUGGUUCCAAGUGUCUCGUUGCCUUCCCAUGCAGUAUCCAUAGACUUCAAAAGGCGUUUUGGUCCUUAUGAUAAGUUGAGCUAUCGUUACAACUUUGCCACUGAUGACUGGAAUGCUGUCUAUAAGUAUACAAUGGGUAAAAAUUUCAAAAUGAAAGCUGGUUAUGAUUCUGAGGUGCGAGUUGGAUGGGCUUCCCUUUGGGUACGUUCAUUACAGUUACUGUGUUUUUAUGCUUCAACAGCAUAUCUUGCUUUUGUUAUAAGUUUUGGAGUAACCGAGCAGAUGAAUUUGGAUAUAUCUCUACUGGAGCAGAGAAUUUGGAAAUUAGAAGCAUUUCACCCUUUAUUGCUUAUUAGUGGUUGCGCCCUUUGUUACAACGUAUUCAAGGUGAUAAUAAAUCAAACGUGGCAUCCUUAUGGAAAUCUGCUAAAUUUGUCAGCUAUGCUUGUCCUGGGCUGUAUACUUGCUAAGGUGGUAGAUUUCCAUCAGUAGUCCGAAGCCCAAUGAUAUUGCUGUUUCUCAAUUUUGUCUGGUGACCACCUGUACUUUUAUCACUUAAAGCCAGCUUUUGCACUUUGCAAUAUAUGUUUUUUUUUUUGGUAAUAUGCAAAUAUAGUAUACAGGUACAGAAAAUAUCAGUUUGUUUUGCACAUAUUUAAAGCUUUGAAAAUAUGAUUGAUCUCCUCUCGUUGAGGCCUUUUGUGAAAUGGCUAUUUUAGAAUACUGUCAAUCGUUUCGAACUUUUAUAGCUGAUGCUUGCAAACCCAGACUUCACAUCUAUGAGUAUGAUAUCUACACUGAAGUUAUCAUUGCCUUCCGACAGCUUGAAUUGCAUAUGGCCUGCUUGAGCAAUACAUGAAUUUUUUUUUGGCAUGCCUUUGAUGUUAGGUUGGAGAAGAAGAGGGCAAAGCGAAGACUGCACCAAUGAAAACAAAACUUCAGCUUAUGCUUCAAGUGCCUCAGGAUAAUUUCCGAAAUCCUGCUUUCCUCUUUAAUGUGAAGAAACGAUGGGAUCUGUAACCUGGUUAAGCUACCAAUUUAUAUGGGGAUUCAAAAGGCUUCGGCCAACCUUUUGUUGUAGUAGGUCAACAAUGGCACAAUGUCAAACAUUCAAGAGCUCUUUCCAUUUACAGCUUUCAACUAUUGUACAUAGUAUUCAGUGCCAGAAGCAAUCCAAAUUUUGCAAGUGUACUGAAAAUCUUGGUUAACCAAUGUUUGUGGUGAGCAUUACCUCUUCAUUUAAUGGGAUCACAGUCUUGACCACAGGGAGAUUGUACUUAAUUCUUUGAUGGCUUAAUUGGUAGAGCUCAGAAGCUGCAGAAGUGGGGCUCCGUUCAGAUUGGAAUUUGGGAAUUUAUGUAAGAGUUGUGCGGGACGAUUGUUUCAUACACAAACAAAUGUCACAUGGUUCUUACAUUACCCGUAA